AUGGAUUCUGAAAACAAGAUUUCUGUUACCACCACUGAUAUCAACAAACCUUUUCGCUUUGAGGGCUGCACUUUAAACGUUGGAAGCAAAAGAUCUUAUGAUUACUAUUCCACCUUUGAUACUGCUAAAGAACUUUGGGAUGCCCUCCAGAAAAAGUAUGAUACUGAAGAGGCUGGGACUAAGAAAUAUGUUGUUAGUCGCUACUUGAAGUUUUCUAUGAUUGAUGAAAAAUCCGUGAUUUCCCAGGCACACGAUUUACAGAAAAUUGCACAUGAAAUUCUUACUGAGGGCAUGUCUAUUUGCGAACAAUUUCAGGUUGCUAUUCUUAUUGAUAAACUGCCUCCUAGUUGGAAAGACUUUAAAAAGGAUCUUCGUCAUAAGUCAAAAGAUUUUUUAAUGGAAAACUUGAUUGUUCGGCUCCGAAUUGAGGAGGAGGCUCGGAAACAGGAUCAGAAGGAUAAGGAUCUCUUUGUUGCAAACAAAAAGAACCACAGUUCGGCUGUGCUCAAGCCGAAAGGAGGAAUUACGAAGCCAAAUCAGAACCAGAAUCGGAACGGAAAACCAAAUCAGAACAAGAAGUUAAUGGAGGAUGAUAUACUCCGUGAGGACGGCAGAAUAAUUGCUGAACAGCCAAAGGCACCUGCUAAAAAGGUGGAGAAGCCAGAACCCAAGACUUACAGAGAUAGAAAGGAAUACGGGCAGAAUAAGAAGGAGUCAUACAAAGAAAAGACUGAGAAGUGCGAAAAACCUUAA